AAAAAAGAAAGAAAAUAUAACAGCGGCGGCAACACGCUCAGAUCCGUUCCUGGUAUGCAACGAAGAAAGAAUAAGGAGAGAGGAAGAGAAGUUACGCGCGACAGAGUAACAUUGGAGAAGAAGAUCGGACCGCAGUUGUCAAAGCACAAUUUCGUACAUCCGCAUCGUUUUUUGCAUGAUUUCACUCAGAUCUGCAUCAGAUCUGAGUGUGUGGUGCAUUUCGCGACAUGUUUCGAGCGAUUCGUAGCGGCGUGGGGUGGUCUGGCAAUGUUCUGACAGUUGUCCGGCGAUGUUCCAGUAAUACUCCGGUGACGUUACGACGGUGGCGUGUCGAGGCACAUGCAGAGAUUCUGAUGUUUAUUCGUGGUGAAGUUAGAUUUUGCAUCGAUGAAAAUUUAUGGGAACUAUAUUCAAUAACGUAAAUCAGGCCCGAAUUGACGUAAGACCUCCCUCCGAUGAGCAUGAGCCUGCCGAUCGUACCCGACAACUCAGGCCCAAUGCUGAAUGGAUCGUCCCGGAAAGCUUCUUUCAUGUCUGUCUUAAUGAAUAAAACGAGCUAGUGGCGGAAGCUCAACUCUCCACCUGACGCCAAUCCAAGACCGCUUGUACUCUUCAUCGUCAGUCAACUUUUGCAGCUCAACAGUCGUCGACGAUGAGGCCAUGAAAUGCUCGUCAGCUCUACGCCGACAAACACGCUGUUAGACUUAUUUGGAUUUUUUGAUCUGAUACAGGGUGGCAGGCAGAAUAGUAAUUCAGAGAUGUCAAUGAUCAGAACUUCAGCUUCUAGAGAUACUGGAAAAUCUGCUGUCUCUCAGCCAUCAUCAUUUUCUGGUAUGCCUUUCAAAGAACAACAGUUGAAGCAGCUCAGAGCACAGUGCCUUGUUUUUUUGGCUUUCAGAAAUGGUUUGAUGCCAAAGAAAUUGCACCUUGAGGUUGCGUUUGGAAAUAUCUUUCCUAAAGAGGACAGCUCCUGCAAAGAAUUGGUUGAUCUUAAAGGGAAAGGCCAAUCUUCUAAUGAGCCAAAUUGCACUCCUGAAGUCUUUAUGCCAUCUCCAAAGGUGGAUAGUGUGAGGGCAGCUGAUAGAGUUCCUUUAGGUGGCUCAAUUGCUGGAAGAUCACUGGAGGUUGACUCAUUCAAAGAGGCUGAGAAAUCAAAAAUAGAGGACAGGAAUUGCCAAACCUCUGAGCUCUCCCUGAUUUCUGAUGAAGGGAAACAUCUUUUAGCUUCAAGAAAACCAGAAGCUGAAAUGCAAAGCCAGGAAAAUGUGGAAUUUCAGCAACGUACUUCUGGAGUGAUCUAGCUGUUGAUAACCGCAUACUAGUGGCAACCAUAGUUGAAGAUUCACAUGCACUAUAGCAUACACACAAUUUAUUAAAGGGAUGAGGACCAAAUGCCCCAAUCCAAGAUUUAAACUAUGAUUGCAGUAUGAAGAGAGCAUAUAAAAGAAUGAUGAUUGGCCCCUAGAGCUUGUGUCUUCCGACCUGUGCUUUUACCGUACAGUUAGCAAAAUGCCUAGGUCAUGAUUUCUGAUGUAUUUAGAUAACCUAUAAAUAUAAAGAACAAUUAUCUUCGAGCUUCCCUAUGAGAACUUAGACCCUUUGUGCUUGGUAAUUCUCUUCAAUGCCUGGAAGUAACAGAAAUGCAUAGUUGCUCAAGAGUAGAAAUCUUGUGAAGAGGAUAAAAUCAACAUAUUGAUCAAUUAGUAUGUCAUAUCUCUCCUGGCAUGAAAUUUUCAUAGUUGUCUUUUUGGAAAGAUCUUAUAUUAUGGGAAUACAUGGUGAUUCUUUUUUCG